GCUUGUUAUUCGCUCGCGUGUUGGAUUCGACGGGCUGAGUUCUCUAUCUCCUGGUCGAUUUCCAGAGUUUUUGCUGGAAGGGUAUUGCAGGAGAGAGGAGCUGAAGUGGAACAGGGCUGGGCUAUGGGCGAAGUGAUGUUUUCUCCUGUUGAGGAGGUGAUUGAAGAGAUAAGAUGCGGCCGAUAUGUGGUAAUCAUGGACGAUGAAAAGCGCGAAAAUGAGGGUGACUUGAUUAUGGCGGCAGAAUUUGCGACAAGCUCUGCGAUUGCAUUUUAUGUCAAUCAUACAACAGGAAUUUUGUGUGCACCAAUAACACUAUCUAGAGCGCAACAGCUGAAUUUGUCUAUUAUGGUGCCCGACCCGAGCGACCCGAUGAACACGGCGUUUACGAUUAGCACCGACUCGAUUUUUUGCACUACCGGUGUGAGCGCGAGCGACCGAGCGAUGACGUUCAGACAGUUGGCAAACAAGGAAGAGUAUCAGGCGUGUCACUUCCGAUACCCCGGACACGUGUUCCCGUUGAUUGCGCAUCCGGACGGAAUAGCGGGAAGAGCUGGACACACCGAAGCUGCAAUGGAGCUGUGCAAAUUGGCGAAAGUCAGGCCAGUUGCUGUCAUUGGGGAAUUAGUUAAUAAAGACGGAACUAUGAAAAGAACACCCGAUUGUUGGAAAUUCGCUCAAAAAUACGGUUUGAAAAUGACGACCAUCAAACAUUUGACCUUGUACCUCUCUGAAGCGCCUUCUCGUCCCCUUGAUGUGCAUUUGCCGACCGUCAGUUUGUACUCGGAGUGCACAUUGCCAAUCAUGAUUGAAUCUGAAGACCUUGGAGUUUGGACGCUCAAGUGCUUUUAUAUGCAUUCGAAAGGGCGGUUCUCUAUUUGUCUGAUCAAAGGAGACGUCAGCGCCGAACACGCUGGACCUGUUCUGACGCGAGUUCACUCGGAGUGCUUUACGGGAGACGUCUUGGGGUCCAAAAAGUGCGAUUGUCGCAGCCAGCUCAUAACCGCUCUGAAAGCCAUCGCGUCUAUAAACAGAGGCAUUCUGAUCUAUCAGUUUGGACAUGAGGGACGCGGAAUCGGACUUCCCAAUAAGAUUUUGGCCUAUCACCUGCAACAAAGUUCCCACUUGGACACCUAUGCUGCAAACCGCAAUCUUGGGUUUUCAGAAGAUAGGCGGGACUAUCAGGCGGCCGUCGGCAUCCUCAAGGCCCUCCGAGUCCAAAAAAUAAAUCUUAUGACUUGCAACAGAGACAAGAUUUUGGCCCUGUCCCAGUUCAUCAACAUAGUUAUCUACUUAGAGGGGCAGCCUAACGAGUACAAUUCGGAUUAUCUCCAAGCGAAAAGAAAACACAAUUUGCUCGACGAAAAAGACGUUAUUCAUCAAAGUGCUUUUCAGCAGUUUCUGACCGGGCGUAGCAACGACCUACAUGUGCCCGACCAUGCGAAUGAGCUGGUCGGCGGCCACCAAAAGCCGUCUACUCCUCCUCCUCCUUUCCAGCACAAACAGAUACCCUUUGAGCUGUUCGAUUUCAAGCGAUCCGACGUUACGGUUCUCAAGAUAUUGAUCGUCUAUACCAUGUGGAACCAUUCCUUCGUUUCGGUCUUCAAGGACAAAAUCCACGAGCACCUCGUCUCCAUAGGCGUUCCUGCCGACUCCAUCCGACACUCUCUCGUUCCCGGGUCCUUCGAAAUCCCGUAUGGCGUCAUGGCCGCGUCGAAGAACUACUCCUGCGAUGCCAUCAUCUGUACCGGCGUCCUCAUCAAGGGCGACACCAUCCAUUUCGAGGUCAUCUCCUACUCUGUCGCCCACUCCCUCCUCAGCAUUCAGUCCACUUCUAACAUCCCCGUCAUCAACGCCAUCCUCAACUGCACCAGCGAACAGCAGGCAUCCGUCCGCUGUCACCCGAACUCGUCACUCCCGAAGUCUAUCGCAUACACCGCCGCGUACAUGGGGCUGAUGCACCGUCAUACGGCGUUCUUCUGAGCCAGGGUGCCCUUUUUUUUCUCUCCCUUUUUGCGCUCGCCCCUCUCCGGAUCUCGAGACGACAUGAGUUCGCUCCCAGCAGUCAAUUAUUGUAAUGCGUUGGCGUGUCCGAGUGGUUAAGGAGUGAGACUUAAGAUCUUAUGGUGCAUACCGCGCGGGUUCGAAACCCGCCGCCAACAUUUUUUUUUUGCCGCUGUUCGACGCAUCGCUGGAGUCAUAUGUCAAAAAAAAAACCUGUCAAUUUCCGUUCGUUGGGCUUUCGGCGCACUUCUGCUUGCGUCCCAGCCUUUUUGUUCACACUCCCCCUUACGUCUCACCAAGUUUCAUGGACUUCGAAGCGAACGACAAGAACAACUUUGGCAUCAACAAUCCGAAUUUCGUCCCUGAGGUCGACGAGGUCUGCGGAGUUACGAGCGCCGAACGCGAAGUGUACGAGAUCAGCAACACCGACCACAUCAACGCUAGACUGCUGAAGUCGUUUCGAGACGCCAUCAACAACAAGGCGAUUGCGGUUCCCGUGCUAGCUGAAGAGGAAGAGGAGCAAUGGGACGAAAAUAAAUAGUGGUUUUUUUAUGUCAAAUAAAAGAAAAAAAUAAAAAAAUAAAACUGUAAUAAAAUAAUAAA